AGUCCUUUGGGUUAGCACAGAGAGGCAGAUGUUACACCAUAGUCCAUUGUGGUCAAACCAGUGCCAUGAGGUGAUGGUCUCCCUCUCUGGCUCCUUCUCUCGUCCCUUUUGUCCACCCAGGUGAUUGCUCCCGAGUCCCUCCAAAGGGCAGUCCUUGUCCCCAUCGCCUAGCACUUUCCCCAUUGGUUCUCCAGCUCAGUGCACAUGUCCCAUCUGCUGGGUUUUCCUGCUGUUCAGUGUAGAUUGUUCAGUCAUUGGGGUGUCUCUUUGUCUUGCUGGAUCCUCUGUUGAUCUGGGUUGGUUUCAGCAUGUUCUUUAAUGGCCCAGACAGCUAGGUGACACACCCAUUAUGGCUUGUAUUUUGUCCUGACAGCAGAGUUAAUCCUCCCAUUCCCUGCCAGGUAGCUGUGCAAGGUGUAGGAGGAAACUGAGGCACAUAUCAGAAUCCUAAAAAUAUUACAAAUCAUUCCCACUUUGUCACUCAUGCUCUUAUUCCCUUUCCAACGAAUGUACUUUUGACAAGGUUCCUUCCCCACUCUGAACUCUAGGGUACAGAUGUGGGGACCUGCAUGAAAAACCCCCUAAGCUUAUUUUUACCAGCUUAGGUUAAAACUUCCCCAAGGUACAAACUAUUUUACCUUUAUUGCUGCCACCAAGCGUCUAACAAAUAUAUAACAGGGAAAGAGCCCGCUUGGAAACGUUUUUCCCCCCAGAAUCCUCCCAAACCCUACACCCCUUUCCUGGGGAAGGUUUGAUAAAAAGCAUCACACAGCAGAGAGAACCUUUGUCCCCCCCUUGAAAGUAUCUUGUCUCCUCAUUGGUCAUUUUGGUCAGGUGUCAGCAGGGUUAUCCUAGCUUCUUAACCUUUUACAGGUGAAAGGGUUUUUCCUCUGGCCAGGAGGGAUUUUAAAGGUGUUUACCCUUCCCUUUAUAUUUAUGACAACUUGCCUCACCUGAGCCCUUUGUUUAAUUAGCCAAAGAGUAACUGAUGAUUCUUUUGGCUGCAAGGAGUGGAAUGACCUGCCAGGCUGGAACUGGUUUUACUGAUUACAACCAGAUGGGCGUGUCAGUGGCUAGUACUUUAAGCGGUGCAUGCCAAUGGUGUUGUACAGAUAACCAAGGAUAGUGGAGCAGACCCUCUACCCGUCUAAGCAGAGAAGAGAUGGCGUCAAAAGAUCCCCCUCUACCUGUUACCCACACAGAACCUGACAUGCCAUCUGGAGCAAAAAUAUUUAGAACCGUGCCAUAUGCUUUUAUCCUACCAGAGCUAAUAUUUGGAUGCUGGGUCUGGAUCCUCGUAGCUGCCACCACAGUGUAUUUCCCUAUGCUGCAGGGAUGGGUUAUGUACGUCUCACUGAGUUCAUUUUUCUUCUCCCUGAUGUUCCUGUUGUGUUACCUGUUUGGAUUUCACAGAAACAGUAACUCAUGGAAAGUAGUGGAUAGUCUGUAUCAUGGGGCCACUGCAAUUUUCUAUAUGAGCGCUGCAGUCUUACAAGCUAAUGCAACAAUCCGCUCUGAGACUGAAGUGCUUGCACAAUAUAUUCCUCGUUACUAUCAAAUCAAUGUUGCUGCCUCAUUCUUUACUUUUAUCACUGCUCUGCUGUAUAUUUUACAUGCCUUCAGCAUCUACUACCACUGAAGACUGCUGUCAAGGAGAGAAACAGGGUGACAGAGACACACAGCAGUGACACCUGGACUUUGUGUACCUAAAACAAUGGUUUAAUUGGAUUAAGAACAUAAUUCAGUAUAAAUAUAGGUCAUUUGGAGCCUGGCUCUGCCCCAUUUUAAUUUUAAAAGAUACUUCUAUAAAUCUAUAUUGAAAUCUUAAGUUUUAUACCAUAUUGUGUAUUUUCUGUCUGAAAACAGUAUAGUUUGGGGAAAAGCUUGUCAAUCUUCUGUGUAGGGCUACUUGCACAUCUUCUCUUUCCCACGUAUCACAUCUCCGCUUUUGGUCGUGUCCAAAGGCUCUCUGGCUGGAUGGUCACAUAUGCCUGUGGUAGGGGUUACAUGAACUAACUUAUUGGAAAAUA